AGAGAGAGAGAGAGAGCGCAGCACAGACACCGGCUUGACUGUGCUACCGAGGCAUUUCUUCAUGGUAUCUGAGAAAUGUUCCUGUUGAAGGGAAACUGUUCAUCUUCUAUCUGCUGUAAAGAAGCACAGUGUGUCCCAGUGCACCUACAGGGAUUUUGGCUCAUUCACUGACCAGGGCUCUGGCAUUUCUGACCCCCCCCCAACCCCCGUCUCGGGACACUCUCCCACGUUGCCCUCUGACUCACCUGAGAGAAGACGGCAGAAGACCUGCAGAUCCCUCCCCUCAGAAUACUGCUCGUUCACCUGGAAAGAGAGGACAUACAAGAUACAGGAUGGACAACAGAUAUGCUCUCUCUCACGCUGCGCUGGCUGCUUGACUCACUUCUGGUUUGUAAGAGAGACGCAGAGAGGAGUGCGGAGAAGAACUUGUGCUCCCCUGGAUUAGAAUUCGAGGAAAGCUGGUCCUGAUCACAGGAGCGAGGCUUUUAGGAUGAUCUUGGGAAGCAUCAACCGAACAGGGGCUGUCCCUACAUUUCUGCGGACCCCCACAGUCAUCCAGCCUCAUCUGGAUAUGAAGCCCUUCCUACAGUUUUCAAUGGAGACUCCUCCUCCACACAGUGUUGGGCUCUUCCACAACUUCAACACGAUGGAUCCUGUUCAGAAGGCAGUGAUCAACCACACCUUUGGAGUCCCACUGGUGAAGACCAAACGGCCAAUCAUUUCCUGUAAUGUCUGCCAGAUCCGAUUCAACUCUGAGAGUCAGGCAGAAGCCCACUACAAGGGGAACCGUCAUGCUAGGAGAGUCAAAGGCAUUGAGACCUCCAAGAGCCGCCCACAAGAGAGUGACAAACCUCCUCCCAGACCCGACUCGUCACCCUCACCUACGGGACCCUUACCGGCCAUCUCUGAUACUGACCCCAGCAAAACAGAUGAGACACGGUCAGCGCCACAGUUAAAUGGACCUGCGGUGACCCCAGGGCCCGUGGCCAUUUCUGCUCCCCCUACCCCAGAAUACCCCGGUCCUUCUGCCUGUCCUCUUCUGCCCACCCCCACUACCCCUCAACCACCUCCGGCCACCUCCUCAUCUCCUGGCUGUGGCUCUUCUAACCCAGAGCAGACUGGCACCGGGGCCCCUGGGGCACCAUCAGUCACUCCCAGCAACCCUGAGACCGAAGAGGACAAAGCCAAGAAGCUGCUUUACUGCUCACUGUGCAAAGUGGCCGUCAAUUCGCUCUCCCAGUUGGAGGCCCACAAUAGAGGCACUAAACACAAAACCAUUCUGGAAGCCCGCAGCGGACUGGACCCCAUUAAGGCAUACCCUCGUUUGGGUCCGAUGCCCAGCGGGGAGCAGGGAGGCGGGGCCACAGACCCCAAUACUCAGGAACGCACCUUCCACUGUGAGAUCUGCAACGUGCGGGUCAACUCAGAACUGCAGCUCAAACAGCACAUAUCAAGUCGAAGGCACCGGGACGGUGUGGCAGGAAAGCCAAACCCCCUCCUGAGCCGACACAAGAAGCUCAGGGGAGCUGACCUUGCGGAUCUCACCAAAGCGUUAGGCGCCGGCCUCUUGCCGAGUCCUCUGGCCGUUGCUGCAGCAAUGGCAGCAGCCGUCUCCUCCAAUCCGCUGGCUCUCCGCGCAGCAGCCCCCACCCACCAUCCACAUCAUCACCUCCUGCAAGGUCCGCCCCUCAGCCACGCCAUCUUGAGACCAGCUCCGGGGCCCAUACGCACCUCACAUGGGUCUAUUCUGUUCUCACCGUACUGACUCCGCCCUCACCCCAAACCCCAAACUGGCUUUGGCAUCUUUGCAAGAGGAAAUCGCCUCAAUCUCCAUUGCAGUUCCACCACAUCAAGACUCAGAGCAGGGAGAAGGUCUAAGGAUGCCCGACACUUUCCGAAUGCUGGCUCGAAUUGAGAAGCUUAGACGGCGGCAGUGAAAAGCCCGACUUCAUACAAUCAAAUUUCUCUAGGGAAACGGAGGGAUUCAGAAGAGAUACUCAAGAUUUCUUUUGUGUCACUUUUACAUCCGUUAGCGCUAGGAGCGGUUGACUGAAAAACCCCAGACCCCUGUCUUAGAUCUUAGAAAAUCAGUAGACGUCUAUUUAUUCUAUUGUGUAGCGUAGUUUAGUUCAGAUCAUCCAAGCUGGUUGACUUUAGAAAAUAUUCAGAAGUGAAAUAUGUACGUAGAGGAUUAUGUAACUGCUGAUAGAUCCUGAAAUGACAUGGUACUUUGAUUCUCAGAGAAAGGCAACAAACCUAAGCACACUCCUCUGUUCAUUCUGUCUCUGUAUGUUCGGUGGACAUUAUGCAACCCCAAGCAAUACGGCCCCCCUUCUGUCCGACUUCCGCGUUCAGUCUCACGAGACAGCCUGCAUCAAGCAAGGACAGACACCACAGGUCAGCCACUCCAGCGGACGCCCAAGAGUCUACAAAAAUGAACAGAGAGAAGACGCAGAGGAGGUCACAGAGGACACGACUGUGCAAUCUCCCCUUUUUUUGGUAUGAACUUGCUGUCUUGAAUCUAAAGCCAUGCAAUGCAUAGAGUUUUUUGUUCUUUUAUUAUGAUCAAUGAAUUGUUUUGAUGUUGUUGGUUUAAAACAUUUUUUGGUUCGUUUUCAUAGCACACUGUUACGUUGAACAAAUAUUGUGGAAAUUCUGACAAAAAAAAAUCAUUGAACAAAAGAAAAAACUGGAAUAUUUUUCUAUGGAAGACUGAAAACCUGCACUCGGGUGGGAUCUGUGUUGUAGAAAUCAUAUCUGGAGGAUGUAAAGUACACAUAAUCAUAAACAUCAAACUAGGGCCUGUCGUGUUUAUGGAGAUACGUGACGGUCCACUGAUAAGCAAAGUGCGACAAUGUCUUACCAUUGUUUGGAUAUUGCAAUGCAAUAAGCAAUUGUCAUUUGUUGUAAAAGAGAAUUUAUAAAUGGAUCUGUACGGCUGCUAAUAGGCCUCCAUGUUCUUCCACAGAGAUUAAUUAGCCUUUUCAGUACAAAAGCUAGGCGUUUUAAGCAAGAAAGGGGCACCCACGGGGAAGGGCCCUUCAUAUUAAAGGGUCUUUUCUCAUCUCUGAGUGGGGGACAGGGUAUAUCUGAACGCAAACAAUGUGUAGUCAGCCAUAGCGUAUGUAGCUUAGUUCACUUUUUUGUUUGUUCGUGGCAUUGUUUGCAUUGUGGGAAAUGUCAUGAUAAUGCCAUUACUUCGAGCUAACUGUGGUUAGCAUCCACCAUUGUGCUUUGAUGGAACUUUACGUCUGUUUCUCAUUAGUUACCGAGGCACUAGUAUGGGUGCUGUAGUUUCAUGUUGGUGUGUAUUGUGCAGUGUUGUGUGUGUACGGAUAGAUUCCGGUUCUGGGAAACUUGCGAUAGACAGAAUCUGGCUUAAAUGAUAGUUCACCAAAAAAAUGAAACUUCUGUUGUCAUUUACUCACCCUCAUGUCAUUUCAAACCUUUUUCAACAGGACAAAGAAAGAGAGAUUUAUGAAAAAUCACAGUUUCUAGUGACUAGGGAACAAAACAAAUAAAAUGACAAUAUAUGGGUUUGGAACUACACAAGGGUGAGUAUAAAAUGAACAAGUUUUAUUUUUGGGGUGACCCAUUCCUUUAAACUGCACAUUUGCAAUCAGCUGUUUCUAUCCCAAACUUAAUUAUUAAAACAAUCAGUGGACAGUGUUCUCAGCUGAUUUCAGAUGAGCAUUUUGGGGUAACACUAUGCGCACUGACACAUGCUAUAGUUUGAAACUAGGUGUCCAGUGCCCUAUUGAAACCUUGUGAGGUGAUAAAGCCAUCACAGCUAAUACACUCCAUAGGCUUGAGACAGAAUCGCUUAGUCCCAUCCGUCAACACUGUAAAGACCACAUUCAUCCUGUAGUCAGAAUAAUGUCAUCACUGUACAGAAUUGUCUUUGGUAGUUUUAUUCAACCUUUCAGGGCAGGUGUAAUGUUAGUUGGUGAAGUCUAUUUUAGCCUUAGCCUUAUUCCACCCCAGGCCUCUCCAGGAGCGGAUGCAGACGGAGAAGCUUCGGUCAAACCUCGUCUUGACAAUAAAUUUAUUUUUGAAUUAAUUGUCAGAUGGGAAAACAGUAUGUGUGAUGGAACAUAGCAAUAUUCAUACUGGCUACUCUUGUUUAUUGCAAUAAGGAAAUCAACCAAUAGAUGCAUAUGUGAGUAAAAUAUUAUAGAUGUAAUUUAAAUCAAACACAGAAAAUUAUGGAAAUACUUGGUAUCAAAGAAACUUGGAGUUACCACAGGG